AACUUUUUCAUGGCACGGAGUAUUUGACAUUACACUCAGCUAAAGGACCUGUCAGUGGCUCAGCCAAAUCGGAUAUAUUUUAUUCACGCACGAAGCCCUGGACUUCUUGGAUAGUAUGGCUUCGGGUGCCAGUGAAUGCUCAGGAAAAACUGCUCAAUACCGGGUUGACCAUCUACUAAGCGCUGUCGAGAACGAACUUCAGGCUGGGAGCGAAAAAGGAGACCCAACAGAAAGAGACCUCAAAGUCAGUCUCGAUGAUUUGGAGCUUUGGCAGAAGUUCAAAGAACUUACAAAUGAAAUGAUUGUAACCAAGAAUGGCAGGCGCAUGUUCCCCGUCCUGAAGGUAAACGUUUCUGGUUUGGAUCCAAACGCCAUGUAUUCAUUCCUGCUGGAUUUCGUGGCAGCGGACAAUCAUAGAUGGAAGUACGUUAACGGAGAAUGGGUCCCUGGAGGCAAGCCAGAGCCUCAGGCCCCGAGCUGCGUCUACAUCCACCCAGAUUCUCCAAACUUCGGAGCCCACUGGAUGAAAGCCCCGGUGUCCUUUAGCAAAGUCAAACUCACUAACAAACUGAACGGCGGCGGACAGAUCAUGUUAAACUCAUUGCACAAGUACGAACCCCGUAUUCACAUAGUGCGUGUUGGAGGACCACGGCGAAUGAUCACCAGUCACUCCUUCCCUGAAACCCAGUUCAUCGCAGUUACUGCAUACCAGAAUGAAGAAAUCACUGCGCUAAAAAUAAAAUUCAACCCCUUCGCCAAAGCUUUCCUUGAUGCCAAGGAAAGAAGUGAUCAUAAAGAAAUAAUGGAUGAUGUCAGUGAUAGCCAACAGUCGGGAUAUACUCCAUUGAGUGGAUGGUUUCUACCAGGAACAGGGUCUCUCUGCCCUCCUGGAAACUCUCACCCUUCGUUCAGCAACCCCUUGUCUUUGUCAUCUUCUCAUAGCUGUGAACGCUAUUCCACUCUGAGGAGUCACCGCUCCUCACCCUACCCCAGUGCCUACCCACACCGAACAGCCUCCCCCACUAGUUACCCAGAUAACCCUCCAGCAUGCCUGUCCAUGCUGCCCACUCAUGAGAACUGGUCCAGUCUGCAGAUGUCCUCUCACUCCAGCAUGGUUCCUGUGGGCCAGCACUCAUCACCCAGCUCCAACUCCAGCCAGUACACCAACCUGUGGACUGUGGGAAAUACUCCUCUGACUCCCAUGUCCCAGUCAGGAGGCAUGGCAGGCAGCCUAGGCUCCCAGUUCCUCCGUGGCUCUGCCAGCCACUACACCAGCCUGUCUCACCCAGGCACAGCGCCCCCUCCUGGAUCCCCACUUUACGAUAGCACUGCCAGCCCCGAGGUGCACGAAUCCACCCCUUAUGACGGCUCAGCUCACGUGCGGCUGCACGCGGCCUGGGCACCCAUCACUCCUCCAUCCCUCUAGGCCACAGAGCUCCAUGUACUGAGGCUCCAGAGAGGCCAGGAAGCUUUUGAACAAGCACUCAGUCUAUGUACCAAAACUAUCACAACUGGAUCCUUCUGUCCAGUUAACAAAUUCAUUAGGCCAUCUGAGCAAAAGUAGGCCUUGUUCAAACUGUACAUAUAACCAGUGUUUAACAGACCUGCUAAUGCCUUUAAAUUUCUGCACCAUUUAAAAUAUACAUGUGGGUUUAUUUAUAGUUUUCUAAUGCAUAGCUUAUUUUUGUGCCAUGUGCAGACAAUCAUUUGUACAAAGUGUAAAUGUCAGUAUUGUUAAAAUUGAUUUAUUUUCACCUCAGGAUUUAAAUUUCAGCAUGAUUUGCAUAACAAUUUUAUUUGUAAUAAUAUGAAUUUGA